CGCUUAUCUCUACAAACUUGCAAUCUGCAGAGCUUUCAAAAUUGAGCAGGAAGGUCUGCCUACAGAACGUAGGAUUCGAAUUGGUAGGAAACGGCGGCUUCUCCUUGCAUUCUUCUUCUGGAUCUUGCUCGUUCAGAGUUCUCUCAGGUUCUCCACCAAUGUUCCGCAGGUGCAUCACUUUUUGUGCUUCGUUGUGAGGGAUUCCUCCCACCAUUCGUUGCAACCAUGUCGCCACGAGCAGGGCAGACUCCUAGUGGGAGAAGCGGGGCUGAACUCAGGAUCUGGCACCCUCAGACUUGCUGUCACCUACUUGUUGUGCUGCUCGGGUUGAGUUAUGGCAGCGGUGUGAACGGGCAGACCUUUCAAAAUUUUGCGUCCUGCCCCUCUGGUUGGACUCAGACUUCAAAUGGCGGCUGUCACUUACUCGUCAAAAACUCAUCCCGAGUCUCAUGGGACGUCGCGGAGCAGCACUGUGUGAAUGAGGGGGGACACCUGGCGUCGGCAUCCACGCUCGGAGAGUGGCAGGACAUCAAUGCCACGUGUGCGGGCAGUGCGCAAACGGACUGCUGGUUUGGGGUGCGCCAGCUGGCGGACCAGGCCCUGCCGAGUGCCGGGUGGUAUUGGCAGGAUUGCAUGGCCCAGAAUUCGGUCUCCUGGGACCUCAUGAACCGGAAGUCGGUCGUCCGGUGGCGCGGCGUUGAGACCGGGGUUGCCAGCACAGCCGAGCCAAACGAUUACAACAGCGCCGACGGAAGCUACGGUGUCGAGCGCAACAACGAGAACUGCGCCAAGUGGCAGAACGGCCAGAUACUGGACUAUGCAUGCAGCUCAGUGCUCCCAAUCUCCCCUACCGCUUACGUCUGUAGCAAGUCCCGAUACUGCGGCAUCAACGCCACCUCCGUCAGCAGCGGCAGCGGCUCCUCUGCCACGUGUUCCUGCGCGUGCCUCCCCGGAUUUGCGGGGGACGGCCAAAACUGCCGGCCGUGCGACCCGAACGCGACACCUGUCACGUCCAAGAGCGCGAGCGCCGCAGAGACGAGUGCCAGCUGUCUCUGCCGGAGCCCUUACGUGGGCAACGGCUUCACGUGCCAGCUGUCCGGCUCGGCGAACCUUUCUCUUGCUUUUCCCUCACCCCCCCGGAACGUGUGCUCGACGUCCCUCGUCUCAAGCGCCCCCGCGGGCAACAUCGUCUACAACGACUUCUCCAGCGGGAUUCCGUUCAACUGGUUCUGUCCGUUCUGUUCCGGCGGCCUGACCAACCAGACGGACUCCACUGGAACCUACGUGGUGGCAAGUGCUGCCGCCAGGGGAGGUCGGGUCGAUGCGGCUGUGGGGGUGCAAGUCAAUAACCUGCAGGCGAAUCAGAGCCACUAUUUUAGCGCAUGGGUGCGCACGAGGAACGCGGUGAACCAGACCAACCGCGGCGUGAUCAUCUUCGGGAGCAACACUCUGGCGGCGGGCAGCUUCCAGGGGGGUCCCUUUUGCAUGGCGCCCGUGGCGCUGAUCCAAAACGACUGCUGGUCUCUCAUUAUGGGCGCAUUCACACCGCCCACCAGCUCGCAGAUGAUCCGUAUUGGCGUUGCGGACACUUCUGCGGACAUCCACGUGCACGGCGUGUCCGUCGUUCCACGCAGCACGUCCGAUAUCAUCAAAGCGCAGAACGCAAGCAUAGAUCAGUGGCGCAAGGCACCCCUCCAGCUGUCCUUCCGCCGGAACGGAGCCCCCGUGGCCGGAACGUUCGACUUGGAGCUUGUCCGUGCGGGCUUUCCAUGGGGCAUCCAGGACCUCGACACGAAAGUGGUGACGGACUCGGCGCUGCAAAACUUUGUGUUCAACACGUUCAAGGCCAGUGCUGUGGCGCAGGGAUUGUCGGGCUGGAUCACUGACGAGCCGGCGCCGAACACGCUUAACUACGCCGGCAACGAGCCGUUCAUUGCCUGGGUGCAAAGCUCGAACCUGUCCCUAUGGGGACCCCAGAUUGUGUGGGAUGACCUCAACAACGGGAUCCCCCAAUGGGUGCAGCAGCAAGUGGCGGCCGGGGGCAACCUCGACGCGCUGAUCGCGCAGCGCGCAAUCAGGGCCAUGAACGCGGCGGACGGUCGUUACGUCACUGUGACGGUGGACAAUGAGGGCAUCCACAAUACGUACAUCCCCAGAAACGCCAACGGGAUAGACAGCAUCGUCGAGAUGUUCACUACGGUCCGUUCCGCCGACCUCGCAAUCGGCCACAACACGCCCAUCACCUUCAACGAGUACAAUGUCGGCGAGAGCUGCUACUACAACUUCCCACUUCAAAACGGCGGAGACCCCGUAUCUCCUGACAACUACAUCGACCGGAUCAACUUCCUGAACGCUCAGGGGGCGGGCCAGCUGGUGAAUGUAGCGGGGCUGCAGUUCCAAAUCACGCCCAACGAGAACGAGGCGCAGCGCAUGAGCAUCGGCAUCGACUACAUCCACAACCGCACGGGCCUUCCCAUCCAAGUCACUGAGUUCAACGUCAACGUCGGGUUCGGCAACGGUUACCCCUUCGACCGCACCUACCAGGCAAACAUCGUCGAGACAUCGCUCCGGCAGCUCUUCGCCAACCGCCACGUGUCAGCCAUCAUGUUCCAGCACAUGGUGCCGUACCCGUGGGGCGGCGAUUCGGACGCCACGUGCGGACCGUGCAUGUUCGCUUCGGACACGUACGCGCCAAAUGCGGCGGGGCAGCGGUACCUCAAGCUGCGGGACGAGUGGACGACGCGGGUUACGGACGGGGCGGUUAGCAGCCAAGGCAGCGCUGCGCCGAUGCGCGUGUUCCACGGAACCUACAAGGUUACUUUGAAGGACUCCAACGGGAAUGCUUCCCCGAGUCAGACAAUCACGGUCUACAACGAUAAUGGCGCCAACACAACGCAGGCCUUCGUUGUCAACGUUUAAGUCGUUUGUGCUUCACGAGAUUACGUCUCAUUUUUGUAGUCUAUUGCAUUGGAAGAGGUAACUUAUUCUUGGUUAGAAUAUGGAGGUAAAAAUAAACCGGGAGAUCAAAAGCGUAUUUGCUUGCUUGAGGUGAUAUUUUGCACUCGUCGAAAUGGAAUUGGGUCCGCUUAGUCUGCACGGAUCGUUCAGAUAAACGUCGCGCACUGUAAGGUGAAAUGAAUUGAGGACAUUGGCUUUAGUUUGCAAUCAGGGUUUCUCAUAAGGUUUGUUUUUGGAUCAAGGAGGAGAUUGCUUAGCAGAGUUACGUAACUAGGUCCAUCCCAUGAGGUGAAGCUCCGAAAGUUUGUACGAUAAAUAAGUUAUGCGUUGGAAUCAUAACAGCUCUAGGAUUGGAAGGGCUACAUAUAUCCGAAAUUCCAACAUCAUCUUCGGCAGGA